GGCUAGCACAGACGUGGAGGGCCGAAGGUCCGUUUCUGUCCGACACAACCCCGAACAGUUUGAAUUCCCGCUGGGAGAGUGCGCAGGCGCUGCCCUGGGCGAACCUGGAAACCAUGGAAACAGGCGGCGCGGCGAUGACGUCGCGGGCUGGCGGCGCGCUGCGAGCCCGGUGAUGGGAGAGGAAGAGCAGGAAAGACCGGGGCCGGGGCCGGGGCCUGAGCCGGAGCCCGCCUUCGUCUACACGGAGCGAGAGCUGCUGCGGAGUGGCAUCCGCUGGGAUGGAGCGCGGCCCGAGUCCCGCCUGGACAAGGCGCUGCGCUCGGCCUGGGAGCGGAGGAUGCGGGCCGGCUGCUUCCGUUACCGGCUGUGGGGGCCCGAGCUGCCGGUCCGGGAGCUGCCGGGGAGGUGCCGCCUGCUGGCGCAGCUCAACGUCCGGCGGGCCACCGAGCGCCGCAAGCCGCAGGAGAUCCUCAGCGUGCGGCAGCCCUUCGACCCGCAGCGCUUCAACUUCAGCCGCGUCCCGCGCCGGGAGCUCCUCUUCCGGCUGCGCCGGAGCCAGAGUCCCGAGGCCGGAGAUGCCGAGCCGGCGGGCGGGGAUGCGGAGGCCCUGUUGAUAAUCAACGUCAGCCCCCUGGCCUACGGCCAUGUCCUGCUGCUACCCGAGCCCGAGCUGCUGCUGCCGCAGGCCCAGACUCGAGCCGCGGUGCUCCAGGCCCUCGAGCUGGUCUUCCUGAGCUCCGAGCCCGCCUUCCGGGUCGGCUUCAACAGCCUGGGCGCCUUCGCCUCCGUCAACCACCUGCACCUGCACGGCUUCUACCUGCCGCACCGGCUGCAGGUGGAGUCCGUGCCCACCGAGCCGCUGGGCGAGGCCGGAGUCGGGGCCCGGCUCCACCGGCUGUGCGGCCACUACACCCGGGGCCUGGUGCUUUACUCGGACGGCCGAGCCCGCGACCGGGCCCAGGCGGCGGACGCGCUGCUCGCCGUCAGCGACCUGCUGCUGCGCCGCUCGCUCGCCCACAACCUGCUGGUGAGCCGCGGCUGCCCGCUGGGGCGCCGGCCGCCCGAGCCCGAGAGCCGGGACGGCGUGCGGCUCAUCGUGUGGCCGCGCACACCCUGCUUCGGUGCCAAGGACGAGUCGGCCUUCAACGUGGCCGUCUGCGAGCUGGCCGGCUUCCUGCCCGUCAAGACGGCCCGGCACUUCGAGAGCCUGACCGAGGAGUCGGCGCUGCGGACCAUCGGCGAGCAGCAGCUGCCCGCCGAGCACUUCCAACGGCUCUGCGCCGAGAUAGCGGCGCUGCCGCUGCCCUGAAGCCCAUAGUGCACCCAGAGCGACACGAGUGACCCUUUCAUGUUACCCUGUCACCCCUCCCCGUACAGGAUGAGGCCACUCUGCCCGUCUAAUCCUGUCCCACGCCACUGUAAGGUAUGGGGUGCCAAUUAGUGUUGUGGUUAGCGUGGUGUUAUUACACUUUAGAGUUCAAUCCUGGCGUCCUCUGUAAGGAAUUUAUACAUCUUGUUCUAUCCGUGUGCAUGUGUGUUUCUCCAGGUGCUCCGGUUUCUUCCCACCUACCUGUUAGUAGGUUAAUCGGUCAUUGUAAAUUGUCACACAGUUAGGCUGGGGUAAAAUCAGUGGGUUGCUGCACGGCUCGCUAUAUUUCAAAAAUCAUUAAUGAACCUGUCCACUUUCCUAUCACCAUCCCCAUAUUCCUCCAGAAAAAACACUUGCCCCACUAGUCUCACCCACCCCAAACAGUCAGAGUGGUUGUUGCGACUUGCAAGGGUGCUGGAGAAAUUCAGCAGAUCAGGCAGCAUCUGUGGAGGGAAAUGACCAGUCAGCGUUUCAGGUCAAGAUCUCUUUUGUCCAUUUCCUUCCACAGAUGCUGAGUUCCUCCAGCGCCUCUGCUCUCUGCUCCAUAUUUCCACUAUCAGCCAUCUCACGUGUUUCCAGGGUGAUUAGCAUGCCUCCUCUCACGCUGCUGGAAUAGAACAGUACAUGUUGUAAUGUCCUUUUAACCUACUGCACAAUUAAUUUAACUCUUCCCUCACAUGGUCCAUGUGCCUAUCCAAGAGUUCCUUAAAUUUCCAUAUCAGCCCCUACCACUACCUCAGUGGUACAUUCCACACGCCUUCCACUUUCUGUGUGUUUUAAAAAGAAAACUACUUUGACCUUUACCCUAAUCUGUCCUCUGCUCACAUUAAAAGGAUGUCCUCUGGUAUUGGCUACUGCUUCCUUGGGAGAAAAGCACUGGCUGUCCCCUCUAUCUCUCGUCCACUGUUGUUGAUCUUGGAAUGAAGCUGCCUGGACCUGGGUCACUGUCGACAAUUGGGAAUUUCCUGAUGAAAAUAUUUCACUCACCGUAAAUUGGAAAUAAUAUCAACAUCUGGACAGCUAAAAGAUCAGUAGAGAGACAGGAAACAUUACCUCCAGGGUUACUCCAAGACAAAUACACAGGCUGGACCAUCCUAUGUGGAGAUGUGUAAAUAAAUUAUAUCAAUCAACCUUUGAGCUUGAAUUUGGGGGCCUCAGCUUGAACUGAUCUAGGAACUAAAAGAGUUGGUGAGCUGAUUCUGGAAUUGAUGGAAGCACUCUAUGGACCAGGCUGGCUCAGUGUCGGACCAGAAACCUCCCUGAACAGCCUCCUGCGUAAUCUGAGAUCUCGAGGUUGACACUGGGUUGAUGUUGAGGCAUUUGGACUGCUACCUAAGGAAAUACUUGAAUGAUACGGUAACAUGGAAGCAACUCCGUUGGAGGAAAUUCACCUACCGUUGGCUGCUGCAUGCCCUUGUUUGCAACUAAAUAGACAAAGCUAGAAAUACUCAAUGGGUUGGGCUGCUUCUGUUGGAAGAGAAACCCGCUGUGCUUCAGGUGGGGGGGCUUUUUUUUGUCUCAAGGAUGAAGUCUGACCUGAGCACUUUUGGAAUGUUCUGAAUUUUGUUUCAGACUUGGACACCUUCAGUUCUUUUACACUUUUCAGUUCAAAGCUGGUUUUUCAGCUAAGGAACCAGGUGAAGACUGUUUCUAACAAUCUGUAUGAAGAAGACUGUUUGACAAUUUAAGAGCUGCGGAUGCUGGAAAUCCGCAAGAAAUUUGGACAGUGCUGUGGGUGUUCAGCAGGUCAGGCAGCACCUGCAGAGAGAGACACUGAGCGUUUCUGUCAAAUUAUUACAGUAUUACAUAGAACAGAGUACAACAGGCCCUUCAGCCCACAGUGUUUGUGCUGACCUCGAUGCCAGUUUAAACUCCACAUAUGAUCUAUCCCACCUUCCCUGCUACUCACGAGUCUGUACUGCUGCCUUUCAUGUGUUUCUGUUGUAACCUCUUCCACCACCUGCCCUGACCUGAUCCAGGUACCUACCCCUCCCUGUAGAAAAUAAACUUCCCUCGUACAUCUGUGUCAAACCCUCCCUCUCACCACAAAGCUAUGCUCUCUAGUAUUUGCCGUUUCUACUUUGGGAAUAAGACCAUAAGACAUGGGAGCAGAAUUAGGCCAUUGAGUCACUUUGAUCAGUCCCCUCAAAGUCCCAUUCUCCUUGUAACCUUUGAUGUCUUGAGUACCUAUUAACCUCUGCUUUAAAUAUACCCAAUAACUGACAUUCACAGAUCUCUGUCUACAGAAUCACCACCCUCUUGCUAAAGAAAUUUAUCCUCAUCUCUGUUCUAAAGGGACAUCCCUUUAUUCUGAUGCCGUGCCCUUUGGUCCCACUAUUGAAAACAUCCUGUCCGUGUCCAUUCUAUCCAAGCUUUUCAAUGUUGGAUAGGUUUCAAUGAGAUUCUCUUCCCCCACCCCCCACAGUGAGUGCAGGCCUAGAGCCAACUGUUUUAUUCCCAGUAUUGUUCUCAAAAACCACCUCUAACUCCAUCACGUCCUUCCUUGGGCAUGGGGCCCAAAACAUCUCUCGAUACACCAAAUAUGGAGAUUUUCACUAUCUAAGCCUCUCAUUACAACUUCUGUCAGUUCACCUGUCAGCUUCUGGUGCUCCAGAGCAAACAAAGUUUGUCCAGCCUUGUAGCUUAUAUAGUUGGAUUUCUAAAUGAACAGAACUUGACAUCUUUCCUGUAGGUAGGUGACCAGAACUUUCUAAACAUUUGAAAAGCUCAGCAAUCCGUCUGAACCGUUAUGCAAUUCAGUAAAUGUCUGGUUUGUUUCUUGAGGGUUGUCUGAAGCCAGGACCGUGGGGAAUUUUGCAUGGUCUUGUAAAUGUUCUACAUCCAGCCUCGGGACAGUGGAUACCUCACAUUCUCUACUGUUGCAUGAGCCCUGGUUAUUCCAAUACACAUUCCAGCUCUUCACUGGGGGCCGUGCAUUACUACUGUGUGCACAACUGAAUCCCAUCAGUAAUGUGUAUUAGAGGAAAUAAAUAUUGGCAAUAUUUACAUCCACAUGUGGCCUUGGUAUAAUGUCAUUCCAAAAUAAAAUUAAAAAGCUGACAAAAAAGCAAGUUCAAAUUAUAUUAUCAAAGUAUAUUGUCACCAUAAAACCUGAAAUUCAUUUUCUUUCAGGUAUUUGCAGUAGAAUAAAGAAAUCCAAUAGAAUCAAUGAACACUACACAUAAGCAAAGACUGAUGCAAAAGCUGAAAGCAGUAAUGAAUAAAAUUGAGACCAUGAGUUGUAGAGUCCUUGAAAGUGAAUUCUUGGGUUGUGGAAUACGUUCAGGAUUGAGAUGUGAAGUUUUAAACAUCUUUAAUUUUGUAUAUUGAGACAUAAGCUUUGGAGCCACGCUGCCCAGCAAUUCCCCAAUUUAACGCUACCCUAAUCAUAAGAUAAUUUACAAUGAUCAAUUAACAUCAACUGAUAUGUCUUUAUGUGGGAGGAAACCCAUAUGGUACAUGUACAGGCAGUGGCAGGAAUUGAACCUGGGUCACUUAUACUGUAAACCAUUGGGCUAACAACUACACUACCAAAGAUUACCAUCAGGGAAAAGGUACAAGAGAGUGAAGGCACACACUCAAUGUUUGUCAGUGGUCCCUGAACACAACCUCGCUAUUUUGCUCUCUUGUUGAAUUAGUUUUUUUAAAAAAUAUUUUUACUGUUAUGUAAAAAUACAGCAUCAAAGAGUGUAGAAGAAUGAGGGGAGAUUUGAUAGAGGUAUAUAAAAUUAUGAUGGGUACAGACAGAGUGAAUGCAAGCAGGCUUUUUCCACUGAGGCCAGGGGAGAAAAAACCAGAGGGUGAAGGGGGAAAAGUUUAAAGGGAAGAUGGAGUGGGGCUUCUUCACACAGAGAUUGGUGGGUGUGUGGAAUGAGCUGCCAGAUGAAAUGGUAAAUGCGGGCUGACUUUUAACAUUUACGAAAAACUUGGACAGCUACAUGGAUGAGAGGUGUAUGGAGGGAUAUGGGCCAGGUGCAGGUCAGUGGGACUAGGCAGAAAAAAGAAGGGCCAAAAAGCCUGUUUCUGUGCUGUGAUAUAUUUCGCAGUACUGUCAAGCGAAACAGCAAAUUUCAUGUCAGAGAUGAAGCUAAUUCUGAGGUUUACCAGGUGUUGCCUGGACUAAAGGGUAAGAGCUAUAAUAAAAAGAUGAAUAAACUUGGGUUCGCCAUAGAGCUGGGGUACAGGGACCCCUCGGUUAAUUGUAGGGGGUCAUGGCAUUAAGAAGUUUGGGAACUCCUGCCCUAAAGCAUUGGGGCUGAGAUUCUUAAAAUUGAGAGGUAUAGAUAAGGUAGGCAGACAGAAUCUUUUCCCCAAAGUAGACGUGUCAAAAACCAGUUAGGGAAAGGAAAUUUAAAGGCAGCGUGAGGGGCAAGGUUUUUUUGUACAGAAUAGGUUACUGAGCUGUAGUAGCAGGCAGUUGGGUGAAAUUUAAGAAUGAGAAGACAAUGGGGAGUGUGGAUGAUGUAUAGGAGGACAUUCAGUAUAAAUUGGCACGGCGUCGUGGACCAAAUGGCUGUGCUAUCCUGUGAUAAUUUUCACCGCUGAGGUGUAUAUUUUGUCAACGUGUUAUGUAAAGGUUUACAUUUCUGUCGCGCCUUUCAUAGGGAAACGAGGCCCCAGCGCACUGUACAGUUUAAAGACAAUGCGACUCCCGACACCAGUGGCGCCGUUCCUUUGUAUUCCUGUUAGAAAAUCUACCUGUACAUUUGUGUUUUGUUUGGAACUUGCCAGUCACAUUUUUUUUGGUUUCUCCACAAAUCCAAAAUCCACCAUAUUUCGUAAUACCCCAUAUGCCCUAAUGCGUUCCCACGGGACAGGAUGAGGGUUGGCAGUUUAGGGAAUAGCCGCGCCCGUUGAAGCUCUUUGGUCCCUGAGUAUUUAUUCUCGAUACUUAUUGCUUAUUUAUCAUUUCUUUUUGGAUUUGCAAUUUGUUGUCUUUUGCGCAUUGAUAGUUUGUCCGUCCUCUUGGGCGCGGUCUUUUAUUGAUUCUACAGUAUCUCGUAUCACACGACAAUAAACCAUUAAUUAAAAACAUUAGUUAAUAAACAUUAAUAAAUUACCAAUAAUAGGGGUAGAUGGAGGGUAAUUCUGUUCAGUGUGAAGUGAUGGAAUUUGAAGGGACUUGUCUCUGUCCGAACCUGGCGGGACCAGAGAGAAUAACAACUCAUCCCAUCCGGCCUUGGGUGCAACCCGGACUGUUUUGAGUUAGUGAUGGAGAGGUCCCUAAACAAACUGUUAUCCAUGAUGGACAAUCAGGCACAUCCUCUCCAUGACAGACUGAAUAAGCGGCGGAGCACCCUUUCGAACAGACACAUUCAGCUCCGCUGUCACAAUACAGUAAGCAUAUACAGUUAUCUCUGUGCGACAGGAGAACACAUCAGAGAGCAAUAGUCUCUGUCUGAUUACUUCAUACAUUAUAAUUGCACAUUGGUAUAUUAUUAUGUACUUUAUUAAGUCUGCACUCUGCUAAAUGUGUUUUACUGCUGUAAUGAAAGAAUUUCUCACU